AUGGCUUCACUUAUCUUCAUCGAUAACCGCGGUAAACGUCAAACGUGGAUUAUUGGAUAUUUUCCAAAAGAACAUAAAUAUUCGGUCAUUCCUAUGAAUUGGCUGUCAAAAUGUGGCGAUUCAUACUAUUGCAAGUGGCCUAAUAUGAAAGUAUCCCCCACAAUGUUGAGAAAUGCUGCAUUGCCUACUUCUAAAUGGACAUCUCAUCCAGUUAGAGUUGUUGAACGCUAUGAUAAUUAUGAAGAUGCUGCAUCAAGAGAAGUGGAAAUAUAUCUAACAUCAGGUGAGGAAACUGAUAUAGGUGAUAUGGGACAAGAAAAUAGGAGAAAAAUAUUAAAAACUUUCCAUAAAUCUAAUGAUGAUAGUAUUUAUAUUUAUAAUUUUCUAGGUUCUGAUUGUGAUACUGAACCUCUCAGUAUUUCGAAAACACCACAAAAUGUUGGUAUCAAUAAUGUAUCAGAUGCUGUCAAUAUAUUGUAUAAUAUGGAUGGAAUACCACCAAACCUAUCAUAUGACACAGUAAAAGAAACUGCAAUCUAUUCACCCUCUACAACUCAUAAAGUUGAUCCUAUUGCAAAUAACAAUACAGUUCAAGGACAAAAUUGUUCAUCUUCUUUGUCUAAUCAAAAUUAUGACAACAUAAUUAAUAAAACAGCAGACAUUUCAAGUUAUUGGCCCACCAAAAAUUCUAAACAUGAUAUUAAUUCUGCAGAUUAUAAUAAAAUGGAAAAGGUAACGUCAGCAAAUACUUUGUACAUGGAGAGAAUUGAUAAAAAAUUGGACAUUAUAUUAAAUAUUCUUCAAAAAAACCAAACAAACAGUGUACCAUUAACAACAGUCGAUACCAAUUUUCUAAAUUAUUUUCCUUUGAAAGAAUUGGAAGCAUUAAAAGAUUUAGAAGAAAAAUUAAAAACUGACAAUGAAUUCAAAUCAAAAUUGGUAAAUUUAAUUACGUCUAUCGGCGGAACGAAUGCGAAGUAA